AUGAUUCCAGAUUAUGUUCAGAACCGAGGUCAUAUAUAUGUGGUCUCAAACCCCACAGAUCUUCCUAAAGAAGAAGAUGGUGUUGGUGUUGGAAUGGUACAAAGAGUAGAAAUCAAAAAAUCUGAUUUUGGUUCUGCAAUUCGAACUAAAACUCACUCAGAGCACGAAAAAAUGGAAAAAUCAUACAAGAAGGAACUCAAAGAAAGUAUUAGACAAGCAAAAAGAGACGCAAUUCUUCGUGGCCAAAUUUAUAUUCCGAAAACAUCUGAAACAAGAGGCGCUUAUAAUGAUUUAACAGCUGACUUAUCACAAUUACUUGGUCCUGUUACAGAUGAAACGCUUCAUCAAACAGCUUACGAUUUAAUUGUUGUAUUACGUGAUGCCAAUAAAUCUGAUGAAGUAGUUGCACAAAAAGUCGAAAGUACUCUUGGAUUCAGACCGAGUUUUGCUGAAAUUAGACGCUUAAAUGACAGAGCAAGUCAAUUAAUUGAUUUUCAACCUUCUGUUAAAGUUCAAGAAAUGCAAGAUGCUGAAAAUGAUGAUGGUAUUGUCUCAAUCACUGCUGAUGAUAAUACUCCCUUAAAUUCAUCAGAUGAAACUGAAUCUUCCGAUGAAGAACAAGAAUUACCAAUAAAUGUCCCAGAAGAGGACAAAAGCGGUGGUUGGACAAUUUCGGAAUUACAAAAAUUCUGCGAAGAAAACUUUGGAGUCGAAGCUGAACAAAAAAAGGCCGAAAUCAUCUCUGCGCUUAAAAAUUGCGAUGGAAUUAACUUGGAAAUGCAAUUGGUUUGCAUAAUUGGCCCUCGUGAAUCAGAAGUAAAAGCAAUUUCUCGUUCAAAACAUUUAAUCAUCGAAAACCCACAAAAAGUCGAAAAAUACAGUAAAAUUGAUUUAUCAGUAUACUCAAACAAACGAGAGAAUACAAGAAUUUACGGUUUUCAACUUCCAGAAACUUCUACUUCCGAAUCUACCGAAAAAUACGAAAAAAUCUUCAUUCCACCACCUAAAAAUCAUGCUACAGGCAUAAGAUUGUCAGUUGAUUCGCUGGAUGAGAAAUACCAAACGAUUAUUGGUCGAGAAAUUACAUCUCAAGGUUCUUUAAACCUCAUACAGUCAAAAGUAUACCAGCAAAUAGAAGAAAGCAACGAAAACUUACUGAUUUCGGCUCCAACUGGUGCUGGUAAAACAAUUAUUGCAGUUUUGGCGAUGAUCAAGACAUUAUUGACAGAAAACAACUCAAAAGCAAUUUACAUAGCUCCAAUGAAGUCAUUGGUACAAGAAAUGGUCGCAAAAUUUACAGAAAUUUUUGAUGGAUACAAAAAAGUCAUAGAAUUGACCGGAGAUAGCUCGGCAUCUGUUUCACAAUUACAAGGAUACGAUAUUAUAGUGUCAACUCCUGAAAAACUCGACAUUAUUUCGAGAAAAACAGGAAAUCAAACUUUCAUUGACACAAUCAAGCUUGUAAUCAUCGAUGAAAUCCAUCUUUUGCAUAACUCAAGAGGUCCGGUACUAGAAGCCUUAGUUGCAAGGCUAAAAAUGCUGAAAUACGUUUCUUCAUCAGAUAUCAGACUAAUUGGCCUUUCUGCGACCAUGCCAAACGUUGGAGACAUUGCAGAAUUUUUAGAAGUUCCUGAACAAGGAUUAUUUGUUUUUGGAGAAGAAUUUCGACCAUGUCUGUUACAUAAGACCUUCGUUGGCUUCAAAGAGCGAAAGAAAGUCCAUUUAAAGGCCAGUAUGAACGAAUACUGCUACCAGAUCAUCGAAGAAACCCUUAAAAACAAGCAUCAAACUUUAAUUUUCGUACAUUCAAGAAGAGAAGCCCAGGACACAGCCUUAGCCUUCUACAAUAUGGCCAUAUCGAAAGGAGAAGCCGAUAACUUCUCAAACGACCAAAAUUAUUUAUUAAAUAUUUCUGAAGGAAUAAUCAACGAGAAACUGAAGAGUAUCCUUCCCAAAGGCUUUGCAUUCCACCAUGCAGGCUUACUUCGCGAAGAUCGUUCCAGAAUUGAAGAAGAAUUCCGAAAUAAGAGAAUUAAGGUUUUAGUUUCAACCGCAACCCUUGCAUGGGGUGUCAACCUUCCAGCACAUAUUGCCAUCAUCAAAGGAACUAAUAUUUAUAACCCGGAACUUGGUGAUUUUGACAAUUUGAGUCAUCUCGAUGUUUUACAGAUGUUUGGUCGUGCAGGCAGACCCGGUUUAGACAUCUACGGUGAAGCCUACUUGCUAACUGAACACCAGAACCUCCAUUACUAUGUUUCGGCCUUAACUUCUCAAAUUCCAAUUGAAAGUCACUUUUUGAGGGAAAUUACGAACCAUUUAAACGCCGAAAUUGCAUUAGGAACCAUCGGAACAGUUGCUCAAGGUGUUGACUGGCUGAAGGAGACAUUUCUUUACAUAAGAAUGCAGAAAUCUCCAAAAAUGUACGGUUUGUCAAAAAAUGUCAAAAUUGAACAAAGAUUGGCAGAUUUAAUUCAUUCUUCGUGUUUGUUAUUAUCAGAGAAGAAGUUGAUCUUCUAUAAUACAAACGAAGACACGAUAGAAUCGACAGAUAUCGGACGAAUUGCUGCUAAUUAUUAUAUCACUGAAGAAACAAUGUCAAAUUUUGUCACAAAUUUGUCAACAGACAUAAAUGACGUUGAUCUUUUGAGACUGUUCAGUUUGGCUAGUGAAUUCAAGAACGUUGUUGUCAGACCACAAGAAGUUUCCACUGUCAAAAAAUUCCAAGAAAUGGUUCCAAUUCCAAUAAAAGGUCAACCAGAUGAUCCAAAAACGAAAAUCAACGUUUUGUUGCAGUCAUACAUCUCAAGGAUAAAAAGCGAAAGCUUUGAGAUGAUGGCUGAUUUGGUUUACAUAUCACAAUCCGCUGAAAGAUUGUUCAGAUGCUUGUUUGAACUUUCAAUUUCAAAAGGUUUGUCUGAACCAGCACUUUUAUGUCUAAGUUACGCGAAGAUGGUCAAUAAAAGAAUGUGGGAAGUGCAGAAUCCUUUGUGGCAGUUCGGAAAUAUCCCAGAGAACUACUUAAACGCAAUUGACCACUUCGAUAAUUGGCAUAAAUAUUUCGAAGUUGAAAGAGAAGCUCUUAAAGAAAAAAGUGACAAAGAAUUUUGUAAUCUUUGCAAAACUGACAAAGUAGAAAUUGGUCAGACGAUCAAAAAUGAUUUCCUUAGGUUGCCGCAGCUCAAAGUAACUUGUACACCGAAAAUUAUCUCUAAGGAUUUAUUGAGAAUUUCCGUAAAAGUGAGGUCAUUUUACAUAUUCGAUUACGAUUAUCAUUAUGACUUCGAAAACUUCUGGAUUUUCUUGGUAAACGGAACAGGUGACCAAAUUAUUUAUUCUGAACAGUUUACAAUGCAAAGUGAAGUGACUAAUGAUUAUCAUACUACUGAAUUAGAAAUUUUGACAAAUUACGAAAAAAUGGAGCCAUUUUAUUUUGUCAAAAUUGUUUCAGAUAAAUUCUUGAAUGCGCAAACAGAAGUUGCAAUUCCUAUAAGAUUGUAUCAGGAUAAAAAACUGACAGAAAACUGCCACAACGCUCAAAAAGUGAUGUCAAAAACAAAUGACGGUUUGACACAUUAUUUGACAGAAUUUUUGUCAGAAAAUCUUUUAUAUGUUUGUCAACCAUAUUCUGUUAGUUUGUCUGACCAAUUUACAACUGUUUUAAAGUCAGUUUGUUGUUCAGCGAAAUGUUUAAUCAUUGUUCCUAAUAUUGAAAAAUUUACUUAUCUUUGUAAGUUUUUCGUUGACAAUCAGACUGUUUUUGGAUUAACAGGUGAUGAAGUCAACGACAAAUACGCUUUGGAACAAGGAAAAUCAAUAAUUUGUUCUUUGGAUAUGUUGUCUAAUUUUGACAGAUUUUACAUGUCAGAAAUUUUUGAUUUUGUAUUUUUGUAUGAUUUACAUUUGAUUUCUUCGAAAGAAUACUCCAAAUACGAAGAAAUCAUAUCCCAAAUCAAAAUUGUUUACUCUAGAGAACAAACGAAAAUAAUUGCACAAACUUAUGAAUCUGAUGAUUUCUAUUUACAAAUGUUGGCAAAAUUUAUUGAAAGUGACAAAAUUUUUGUUGAUAUUCCUGACAAUUUCUGUCAAAUGGAAUUAAUACCUGUUAGUUUCUCGUCAUUCAGAGCAAGAAAAGUUUCAAUGAUGAGACCAACUUUUUCAAAAGUUGCCACUUUUCUACAGAACGAUAAACAAUCUAUCGUUUUUGUUUCAAAUGAUGCCGAAAUCAAGGAAACGUUUGUUAAUUACACGAACUUACUGAAGAAGCAUUUCACUGAGGAGAUCGGCUUCAAACUGGAUGAUGAUGAAAAUUUGCCGCCAAUUUUCAGAGAAGAUUACAGAGAAUUGUCAAAAAGAUAUGGAAUAACGUACUUUUCAAAUACAAUUUCUGACGAUAGCAAAAAAGCUGUUAUUGAUAAUUUCAUGUUAGGGAAGAUCAAGAUUUUGAUUUGUUCUGUUGAUGCAGUUAAUUCUCUCCAUGUUAAAUCAGAUUUAGUCAUUGUUAAAGGCACUGAUUACUUGGAUUUGAGGAAUUCGCAGAGAGAAUACGAGUUUUACGACAUUUUGGAGAUGAUUUCUAAAACAAAAUGCGACGGAGAAUACUUCAUUUACACACAGGAAAAUAAGUUCCAAAUGUACUUCAUUUUACUCAAAAAUGGAAUGCCUGUACAGUCAUUUGUUGAUUUUGAAAGGUUUACAAAUGUGUCACUUUUAAAUUAUUGUCUAUCGUCUUCUUAUCGUCUUUUGGAAAUUGCCAAAGAAACGAAUCCAAAAAUUUUCGAAAUUUCUCAAAAUACUUUCUUUGGUUUACAAAAACCGCAAUUUUCAAAGUUUUAUGAUGAUCCUGUUUUUGACAGCCAAUUUAUUCAAUAUGUCAAAAACGGUUUGUCCGAUUAUUUGUCAGGAGAAGAGAAAACUGAUGAAAAUUUGAUAACAAUUAAUCACAAAACAGUUUCUAUUUUAUAUUCAGAUAAAAAUGAACCUCAGUUUGAAUAUAAUAACGGACCACAGUCACUUUUGUAUCGUCUUGUGAGGUCAUUUACAAAAUUGUCAAUUUUGGACGUUUUAAGAAUAUCACUUUUCUUUAUCAUUCAAAAUGCAACAAAUUCUGACAAUUUUAUUAACUAUGAAAUUCCUGAUUGUUUCCACUUCGACGAGAACGAGAAUUUGUUAAUGGAAUAUUAUGGAAUUAUUUGUGGUAGACAUGGUGUCAGACCCUCAACAAUUGUUUCACUUUCGAAGUUUUCUUUCACAGAAAAUUCGGAACAUCCGAUAUCAUUUAUUUCAUCUAUACCAGAAAUAUAUGAAAACAUCAAUUUCACGAAAUAUAUCGGAUUGCAAGAUUCCAAAGUUGCAGAGAACGAAUCAAUUUCUAUUGUUGCAAAUCAUCUCCACAGACAAUUAGAUUUAAGAAUGUUCCCUGCGAAAAGUUACUUGAUUUUGAUGUCUAUUUUAAAGACACUUCAAACAGCGAUAGAAUUCUAUUCUCUAAGGAGAAACAAAGUCCAUUAUUCCAUUUAUUUCAUUAAUAACAUCGCGUUUUUGGUAAAUGCAAUUGAAAGUAGAGAUUAUGAAUUGUUACAAUUCCCUCACUUCACAAAAACGGUUUUGGAUGAUUUCUCUGUUAGAAACAUCAGAGAUUUGAACACAUUUAAUCCUUCUUACAGUCCAAGUGGUCAGGAAAUUGAUGAUGAACAAUUUGAUGCAAAUUUGAAGUUGAGAAAAGAAAUUUUCAUGGCAAAUAUGAUUAAAUAUGAAAAAGUGAAUCAAAAUGAAGCAGAAAAUUACUGGUCUGAUGUUGAAAAGUUUUAUAACAAUAUCCCUUAUGUUUCAACUGUUUUCUUCAGACAAAGUAAAGUUGUAAAAGUUACUCUUCUCGAUCAGUUUGAGAUGUCUGAAUUCCCGAGAAUUCCUUUCCAAAAGAGGAUCUGUUUGUGGAUUAUUUUGGCGAAAGUAACUGAUCAAACAGUUGUUGCAUCAAAGUUCGUGAUUUUGAAAGAGAAAACAGAGAAUUUCGAAGAAAUUGUUUCGUUCCAAGAUUUGGAAUUCAAUCCAAACGAAGUCAAAGUUUACUAUUCUUGUGAUUCGUUUGUUGGAGGAUAUUCCAGUGGUGAAGCAGAGAUACAGGAUGCUUAA